ACGAGGCAGGCUUCGGGACUUCGCUAAUGUACAGUGUCUUAACAACUUUUCAAUAUUUUUAUGAAGACCAAUAACAGUGUUUUAACUACUUGCGUUCAAGCGAUUCUACAUUUGUUAAACUUCAGAUAACUUUUCAGUAAGUUACUGGAGUUUAGCCUAUAUCUUUUUUUGUCGGCACCCGCGGGAAGUAUUUAGUUUCAGAACUGUUAUACAUUUCAGACGUGGUACUCCGGAAAAGAGCCAACGUUUUUGGAAGGUGGCAGGAAGCAAACUGGUUUUAGAUGCGUAGCAACUUAAACUGGGGAUAGACAUGUGGAUGCGUCGGCUGCAGAAAUUACACGUGAUUUCUACUCUUAAUUAAUUCACUAGUUAUAACAUGUUAGGUAAAUAAUUUCAACGGUUCCAUUGGAUUAGCUAGUUAAACAUUUCAAAAGUCCGGAAAGCUCCGUUGUCAACUUUAUGGUGGCAUUUUUGUCGAGAGUUAGUCGCUACGGAGCCUAUGAAAGUUACUAUUGCAUUUCCGUCGUUGUUUACUGUAUGGUCGCCUGUCAUCUUGGAAUCAGUCUUAUCAACAUCAAUUUGACUUUGUUCCUCUCUGUUUCUGAAGUUCAACAAACAAUGCCAUUCGUUUGAAACCUCUAGGGAUACAGUGCGGUGGGAAUUGCUUUUGAGGUACUUGUUGCAUCUGGAGUCCGUCAACGUGAUUUUACACCUUUUUUUGUUGAUCUACAAAUGUGACAUGGAAUACCGGUCAAUUGGAUACACUUUUUAAACCAGACGUAACUGUAGCAUGUUUAUAGUGUGUUGGUCACAUAAUUAAUUAUCAACAUUGUUGCAAAAGGUUUAUGGAAAUAUUGCCAGUGGUUGAAAAUUACAAGAGCUGGUGAUUUGGACGUGUCCGGACUGAACCGAGUGACAACUUCAACCUGCAGGUUGAAAACGAGGACUGGGCUACUGUUUAUCUCACGUAAGGACUGGAGCUCGUGUUGUACGGGAAGAGUGAAAUCAUUAACUUUUUCACCUGGAACAAACUUUUAAAGCGGGAUAGGAAUUCAUCAGAAAUCCACAAGACAUGCAUCCACAAAGACAACAUGGCAGUCAGUGAAGCUUAAAACUUUGGAUUUAACACUGUUUUCCGAAUCGUUUUCACGGGUUUUUACAUUUUAUAACUCACAAAGCGGAGGACCGUUGCUGGGCCAUAUAUUUCUUGUCCUGAAUCAAUUCCGGUCGUUGCCAGCUUUGAAGUCCACGAUGUGCGGCCGGAGCCCGCCGCUACAGCCGAUCCAAUGACCGUUCCCCAGCGGCGAUUGGCCGGGCUCUGGCCGUGGCUGCUCAUAGCGGCCUUGCAGGUGGUGUUCGGCCAGACGGGCCUGGAGCUGGCGGCGGCCGUAGAGACGGAGCGCUCUGCCCCCAGGGCUGUCAUCAAGGUGACACUGCUGAGACACGAGCCCACGGGGAAGCCCAUCACUCUGGAAGGGCUGUUUGUCGAAGGGAGCGCCGGUUCUGCAGAGGGGAAGCUCAUGCAGUCCCACCCUCUGUCCCUGUGCAACACCAGUGAAGAUGAGCGGCAGGAGUCUGACUUCAUCAGCAUCGUCAAGCUGGAAAGCCCGGAGCGCAAGGUGUCUCAGUGUCUGUCCCUGCUCCAAAAGGCUCGCCUGGCGCUGGAGAGAGGUGCUCAGGCUGUCAUCUUCGAUGUCACCAAUGACGACACCGCUGCUUUCGAGCUGCGUGAGUCAGACUCCCUGCCGCGUCCAGUGGUGCUGGUGAAGGCUGAGGAUGCUGAGGAGCUGAUGGGGCUGGUUAACAAGAACGAGGAGGCUAGAGUCCGCAUCGAUAUCAAGAAGGAGGACCCAAAAUGGCCCCACUAUGAUGUUGGUAUCCUGCUCACUAUAGUCCUGGCUAUUCUGGCCAUCGUUUUGAUCUUUGCCUUCCGGUACCGAUGCAAGUCCAACAGAACCUGGGACUCAGUCCAUCAGCAGACCAUGCGAGCCGUCAGUCGUCUGGAGACGCGAAUGUACAGCUCUCAGGGCUGCGGGGGCUCACAGCGCCACCAUGGAGGCUGGGGGUCUAAUAGCAGCUCCAACUCUAGCCCCGUCUGUGCCAUCUGUCUGGAGGAGUUCCGGGAUGGACAGGACCUGAGGAUCAUCUCGUGUGCUCAUGAGUUCCAUAAGGAGUGUGUGGACCCCUGGUUGCUGCAGCACCGCACCUGUCCUCUCUGCAUGCACAACAUCAUGGGUACAGAGCUGUCACGUCAGCCCCAGAGGAGCAGACUGCAGCAGACCCCCGAGCACAGCCAGGGUUUCCUGCACCCCCACCCCUACCCCCACGCCUUCCCCCAGCACCCCAUCCCCUUCUCCAUGAGGCCUCACUACCCCCGUGGCCGCUCCGGCCCCUACGCCUCCCUGGGCCACUACAGCAGCUCCCCACCCCUGGACCCCCAGACCCUCCGCUUCCUCCCUAGCUGGCCUCUGGGCUCCGGCUGUGGAUACAUCCACCCUGCAGAGGGCCCCGGGAGGCCUCACAAGGCCGGGGGCAGCUGCAGGACGGCAGGUCACCCUCUGGGGUCCCACUACGGCCCCGGGUCCCGCCGCUCCUGCCACGCCUACCGCUCCGGCUGCCCCACCCAGCGCAGCGCCUCCAGUUCCAGGCUCCACCACGCCCCCUCCUUUGCUCCCCGUGCCUCCGCAGGGGGGGCCCACAGCCGGGGGGACGAGGGAGGCAGCUGCUCUGGGGGGAGCUACCGGACGGAGCGCAGUGGCUACCUGGCAGACGGGCCGGCCAGUGACUCCAGCUCUGGCCCCUGUCACGGUUCAUCCAGUGACUCGGUGCUCAACUGUACCGACGUGUCCCUACAGGGUGUGUACGGUAGCUGGUCCACAUUCCGCAGCUCCCUGAGCAGUGACUAUGAUCCGUUUGUGUACUACGGGCUGGGUUUGGGCCGGACAGGCCGCAGGGACAGCAUGGAGGCAGGGGUCCAGAGACCAAGGUCCCUGGACUCAGUGGUGAACAGAGACAGAGGAGGGUGCCCUGAGGAGCAGCCGCAGGCUGUGUUUAGCCACGUCCACUACCACCGCCACAGACACCACCACUACGGAGAGGACGGGGAGCGGGAGCACGCCCAGGGACAGGGACCAGGCAGGGGGUCAGAUGAGGAGCAGGGGGCUGCUGCUGCUAUUGGCCCUGGUUCUGGUUCUCCCCCGGCUCUGGACAAGGACUCCCCAGUGUGCCCUCUGAAGCACAGCCCCUGUCAGUGCCCUAAGGCAGAACACACAGACAGUAGGGAGACCCACGGCCACGGGACAGAGGAUCAGGACCAUGAGCUUAGCCUCAGCCCCCCUUCAGGCCCCCCUCCUGUCCUGGUACCCCCAGCCCCCUUACCACCCCCAGCCCCCUGCUGCCUCCAGGACCACAGCCAUGGAGGCCACCCCCACCGGAGGGCAAGCCGGCUGGGCGGCUGCGUCCUCGACGGCCCCUCUGUGCGCUUCCACCAGAGCCUGGACCUGCAGGACGACUGUAGCAUCCACAUCCACUACGGCCAGGGCUACUGCUGCCCCCCGCCUGACCUGCCCCCCACCCUGCUGCCCAUGCCUGUGCCCCUCAUUCUGGACUCUGGGGGCAUGGGGGCCCUAGGGGGCCUAGAGGACUGGCCCUGCUGUGGAGGGCCCCACCAUGUGGUGUGGCAGAAGCGGGUGCAGCAGGCCCACUCUGAGCCCCAGUUGCUGGGGCCCAGGCUGGGGGGCCCUAUGGACAGACCCCCGCCCCCAUGCAGCAGGCGUCACCACGGUCACCACAGCCCAGCGCACGACCGCAACACAGACUUUUGUUUAUACUGCCAAACAUUACACAACAAUCAGGGAUCAGAGGAGGAGUCCGGUGUGUGAUAACUAACUAACUCACUAGGUGCAUCCCCAAACUCACGCUGCUACGUACACAGGAGCCGGAAUGGACAAACACUUCAUCGGCGGCCAUCUUUUUCAAGUCUUCCAAAUAAUUCCACAGGAAAUACCUGCAUUCAAACUACACUUCCCAGAAUCCCCCAGUCAGUGCUGAGUUACAUGUCAACAGAGAUCAAAAUGAGUUAGAUUAUGAUUGUUUUGAACGUUUGUUUCUUUUGACCAUCAAAUCAAUGAAAACACAAGUCAAGUAUAGACCUCAAAUUGCUCAUAUUCAUUGUUGAAUUCGAGUAUGUCAAUGUGUUUGAUUUUGAUUUUUCUUGUCGCUAAGUGGCGUACGUGUUUCAAGAUGGAGACUGACUGGGAGAUGCUGGGAAAACAACUCCUACAUCACAAAGGGGAAAUGUGUUUUAUUCUGUUCUGCCUUGUUGUUUUGUUUUGUAAAUUACACGAAGAAUUCAAUACCGACUUGAUAUUACAGGUUCCCAGGUUGCCUUAGUGACCACUAGGAAUGAUCACUGCUCAGGGCUUGAGCCUCGAUUCACAGCACGAAACUCCCCUACUAUUUCCCUCAGUAGAAUUCACAUGGACAUAUUGGAUAUCUAAUUCCUUGAGUGGUUAAGUACUUAAUCGAUUAUAUUAUGAGGUACUACUCAGUAAUACUUGAUUUUCCCUCACAUGUCCCUAAACUCCAUUAUUUGUCUAGAUACGUAGGCAACCAUUGGAUCAUGUAUUACCCACAUAGAUGCUCAGUUGGAGGUUUUUUGCUCUUUCCAGCCUACCUCAAAUCAGAUUCAGAAAUGUGUUCCAUUGGCAUGGGUAUCGCAAAGGUACUCAGAGCUACGGAAAAGAGCCUAGAAGCUUCUCUCUGGGCAACCUGCCCCAUUGGGGGAAAAGUUAUUUUCUUAGCCGGCCCUACAAGCAGUGUGCAUUCCAAGAGGUCACUAGAGGCUAGCAUGGGGACUUGUGUUGGUUAAUUCAAUAAUGGCAGCUGCUUUCAUCACAUUUUGUUUGCUUUGUGUUUCGGUAAAAAACUGUAGUCUGUAAUUUUGUACCAGAUUGACUGAAAUGUGUUAUUAUUAUGAGCUAUUUUAGUUUUGCUCAUGUCAUUUCUCAUGUUGCCAGUGGUUACUUAUUAUGUUUGACCUGAGUGCUGAUUUGGUGGCCAGUGAAGGAGGGAGGGGUCCACCAGACAUACCUGGGUUCAAACUGUAUUUGACAUCUUUCAAAUACUGUAGCUGUGCUUGAUUGAGCUUGCCUGGCUCAAUGGGACCAAUGUAAUCAUCCCAAAAGUGCAAACCCCACCAAUCUGGCAUGCACUCCAGUCAGGCUAAAAUAUGCAAAUGCUCCAAGUAUGUGAACGAUUUCAAAUACUAUUUGAACCUUGGUAGGUCUGCCUCCAGAACAUCACACAGUGUGAGUGGAGCUUCGCUCGGCUCAGGAAGGACAUCUGCCAUGUCUCCUGCUCUUCACCCAUGACCUCUAAUCCUAUGUCCUAGUACACGACCCCAUCAAUGUCCACCAGCAAGGUUAUUUUCUCCCUUCCAUUUCCCAUAUACCAGCAGCUAAAGCUCACCAAGGGUGCUCUUAUCAUGGAACAUUGUAGCAAAAUAUUAUAUACAUAAUUACUAUGUAACUGGAGGAAAGCCAUAACCAUUCAUUCACCUUUGGGAACAUACUUUAUACACUACCUUGUUAAAAAAUAUGUUGAUUCAAUGUACAAUUGUAAGGCAACCAGCUGUAAUAGGAUUGUGAGUUUGCUCAACCAAAAUGGUGUUGAGGAAACUCACAACAAAUGGUUUGUGAAUCAGCAUAUAUUUUUUUACAGUGUUCCAAACAUUGACUAAAACGAACCUGUGGCCUUUUAUGAACUUAAGUGAACUUAAAUGGAAGCCUGGUGAAACAUCCUAGAAGAUGAAAAACCCUGGAAGAAAGAAAAGUCAUUAAAUGUGUGUAGUUAUAUCCCCCAAUAUAUUGUAUUGCUUAGUGAAAAUCUGAAAGGAGACUGCAUUAAGACAGACAGUAAACAUGGAGACUUAGUAUUUAAUUGAAUAAACCUAUUGAUCCCCAGACUAUUUUUGAAAGAUCUGGAAGCAUUUAAACAACCUUGUCUGAUCUAGUAACACUCUGAAUCAGUAGUCUGUCUAUGUUAUUUUCUUCAACUGUGCCUUUUCAAAGGGGUUCGUUGUGGAAUCUUCAUCCACUACUUCCUAUCAAUUGGUCAAAGUUUAUUAUGAAAUAAGAUCAGCAAAUAACCUAAUACAUUAAAGGUCUUGUUAUUUUACCAAAGAAACACAGUUUUGAAUGCAAUCAACCUGUGCCUUUUAUUCCUCCUCCAUCAAUCUUAAACCCAAUUAAAUGUGUUUUACCUAACAAGAAAGAUCUGAAAAUGGAAUCGUAUGCAGUCAAACAGUGGAAAAUCAUGGAUUACAGCCCCAUAUAUACCAAUACCUUGUUUCUAAUGUUUUUUGGAGACAGCUUCUUUUGCUAAUACUCCAGGUUGUGUUUGUCUGUUAUAUAUUUGUGUAGAGAACAGUCCAGACUGAACACUGCAUUCACCAUUGUUUCCCAUGAAGCAACAGUGAAACAUUGCAAAUCAGUCUGGAUUCCAGGCUAACUAGCUCCCUAGCCUUAGCUGAAAAUGACUGAAUCACGACCAACCAGCACUGGAAUCCACAACCAACCAAUAUUUUUCUGUAAAAACCCAAAGCAAAGUAAUCAAGGCACUAUAACUACGCCAACAACCAGUUCAAGGAAAUAUAAAACUUAAAUUAAUCAAACAUCUCUGAAACAUUUGGGGCGAUUUUAUUAUCCUCUUUAGGGUUCUUUUCUGUUUGUGUUCAUUGUUUUGUUUUUGUACGCAUAAUGAGCUGAAACUGCCUUUUUUCUAAUAGAGCACAAUCCCUAUAGAAAUUGAAGGGAUCUGUCAGUAUAUUUUGGAUACUUUGUGUACAAAAAGAGAAAGACAAAAACAGAAAUGAAAUAAAGUGUUGUAUUUUAUAUAUAAUAGAACAUUUCAAUAUGGUGAUAUGUCACUAAUAUAUUUAUUUACUAAUAUAUUUAUCAAUUUUUGUCCAGGUCCUGAAAAAGAAUGCAUGGUUUCUGUAUAGAAACGAUAUCUAUAUGAAACUAAGUGCCAUCACAGAUGUAUCAACCUGG